CACUACAAACCUGAAAUUGCAUUGACAUCAGGGCUUUCUCUUUUGACCCUUUAAAUCUCCUCUCACUUUGCACCCUACACUUACUCAACCUUCAACUCUGCAUGUUUCCGCAAUGGCGGAUGCUUCGGAUUCUGUCGCUGAACCGGUACCCGGAACUCCAGGAAUCCGGGAAGUUAACUCCGAUAUGGGGCCCGAGAGUUUCGGGCUUUGCUCCCAAGAGAAUGGUGCUAACAACGGGACGACGAGGAAGGUGGGUAUGAGAGCAGAGAUUGACACGUCGCCGCCGUUCGGCUCAGUCAAGGAGGCUGUGACCCGGUUUGGAGGAAGCGGGUCCUGGAUUCCUUAUUACAAGGGCUUUGAGGAGAUGGACAUAAAGAAAAUUGAGGAACAGGCAGCAGCAUUGGAGAAGGAUCUUAUUAGGAAAGAAUUGGAAACGCUUGAUGUUCUUGAAGAACUUGGAACAACAAAAAGAAUUGUUGAAGAGUUAAAGCUGCAGCUGCAGAAAGAAGCAUUGAAAUGUUUGACAAUCCCAGAUGAGCAUAUGUCAAGUCCUGCUAUCAAAGAAAUGAACAAGGAAAAUUAUAGCUUCCAUGUCGACUACCGAGACCCAAGAAUGGGAAGUUUGAGCUCUUGCACAACAUCAUCCCCUGAAUUGAUCUUAAUGGAAUUGAAGCAAGCGAAACUGAACCUUGGUAAAACUAUUAAUGACCUUGGAGUGAUUCAAACUUCGGUUGAAUCUUUGAAUAAGAAAAUGAGGAAAGAGAAGACUUUUCUUCAGAAAACCCGCAAGAGGAUAACGUCAAAAUUUGCAGGUGUGUUGUCUUUGGAAGAGGAGCUAAAACAAGCAAGAGAGAAGCCACAUGUUGCAGACAAUGUGAUAACUGAUUCCAAGUCAGAGCCGUUGAAGAAAAUGGCUGAAGCUGAAAAAUCAGAAGUUUCAAGAGCAAUUUUAGCAAAUGAACAAACCAAGACAAAUUUAAGGACUGCUGAAUUGAAGUUGCUUGCUGCCAGAAAAAUGGAGGAAGCAGCAAGGGCAGCAGAAGCUGUUGCCUUAGCCGAAAUCAAGGCUUUAUCAAGCAAUGAGACCCCGUCAGGAUUUGUACUGCCAGAGCCUGAGAAAAUAGCCUUAUUUGAGGUACGGUCACCCCUGAUUACUAAAACUCAAAAAGCAGAGGGGCUUGCCAAGAAAGUAGACAUUGCCAAGCUCCAAAAGCGUGAAGCUAAUAUCCAUAAAUCAUCUGUUCUAAAGAAAUUGAGGGAGGCAACAGAAGAAGUUAAACGAAGUAAACAAGCCUUAGAAGAAGCUUUAACCAAAGUAGAAAUGUCAAAUAGAAAGCAAUUUGCUAUUGAAGAAGCUAUUCGCAAAUGGAUGCCAGAGAAUGAUCAAGAGAGACAGGCAGCAUAUUAUGCAACUACGCUUGGUAAUUUUCAUUUGCAUCAACCUGAGAACCUUCAAGAUUCCCCACUAAAUGCAGUGAGGGCUUCAAAUCUAGCUAAUGAUGAUCCAAAGCCUGUUUUAAGAUCAACGAUUUCAAUGCGGGAUGCGCUCAGCAGGAAGCAGGUUAUUCCUGAAGAAUAUGCAAUGGCAAGGCCUAUAGAAGGCUGCGAAGAAAGGCAUAAAGUGGCUUUGAGUCAAAUGCUUCAUGAACUGAGAGAGGAUCUAGCAUUUCAUCCAAGAGCUGAGAAAGAUGGAGGUGAUCAAAAGCAGUUGUUGGCACAAAGGAGAAAGUUCGGGUUCAUUCACAUAUCAUUGCCAAUGACAAAACCAAGUAAGAAAAAGACACAAGAUUUCCACAAUGUGAUGCAUUAGACAGAAGAAUGUUUUGUAGUUGUUGCAGUGAAUUUUCUUUCCUUUAUUGGCUUGUAUUGGUCUUGAGUUAUGAUUAUAGCCAGCUUAUGUUGUUUGUGGCCUUCAGGUUUUGUUUAGAUAUUCUUUGCUUGUAAAACUCAGACCCAGAGGCCAAGGCUUGAGCUUGUGUUUCACUGUUUGUAUACGUCAUCAUUGUGUUUGGAUAAGAGAAAUUGAAAUAUAAGAUAUUGAGUUUUGAGUUUGAUAAAA